GAGCUCUGUUCUUCGAGUGAUACGCUAAUGUCACUUUUAUUGACUACAUAACUGUUCAAUUUUUUUCUCAUCAUGCAUCACGCAGUAAAACAUGUUGAAUGCAUGCAUGAUCUUUGAGAAUAGUGCGUUAUUGAAAUCAGUUUACAUAUACAAAGAAGAACAGCGCUCAAGUGUUGGUUGACAUACGUUAGAUACAUCUAACUCCGAACAGUUUGCUGCAAUUUGUGAAUCCCGGCGUGAAUCGUGCUUUCAAUUCUCCUGCUAUAUACCAUAUUCGAAAAUGCUGGACCACUACUACUGCAUGUUCUUCUUCGUGGCAAAACUUGUUGCCGCUACACCGGAACUGAAGCUCGUUCAUGUUUUAUUCGCUCACGCUACGGAAUAUCCUGUCCCGGCUUAUACAGUAAUAACGAAUUUAACGGAGAACCCAAUCCUGGACGGAAUGACCAACGAGGAGAUGCUAAUGACUUACGAACUCGGUGUUCGAUUGCGAAAAAGAUACGGCGAGUUUCUCGGUGAUCUGCUCGAUUCGGAAGUAACAAGGGUCCGUACGACCGACGAAGACAUGUCAAAGAUGUCCGCAGCGCUGGUGAACGCGGGACUUUGGCCACCAGCGAAACUCCAGCGGUGGUCGGAGAGUUUGAAUUGGCAGCCAGUUCCAAUGGAUUACGUGCCGGCAGAGGAGGACGUUCUGCUGAAGGGCAGGCUCUGUCCGACCUUCGUAAAGGUGACAAACGGCGUCAGAAAGAGGGCGAGCACUCUUCUGCAGGAGGCGAAGCACGCCGAGCUGUUCUCCUUGAUUGGUAACCAGACGGGUUUGGGUAUACGCAACUCCGAGGACAUCGCGUACCUCUACAAAAGCCUGAGAGCUCGAGUGUACCGAUUACAGGCCAGCCGCGGGUUGUCCUUGCCGACGUGGACUCGGGGGACAUACCCAAACGGAGAAAUGCGGGACGUGAAAUACCUCGAGGACUCGAUACUGUCAAUAACGAAAGUACAGAUGAAGCUGAACGGCGGUUUUCUCGUUAAAAAAAUCCUCGAGGACUCGGCCGCUCACGCUAAGGACUCGUUGACCGGGGGGAGGAAAAUAAUGAUGUACAGCGGAGACGAGGAUCUGUUAAUCGGAGUCAUGCACGCCCUUGGAGUGUGGAAACCGCACGUGCCGAAUCCGGCCGCAGCCCUGAUUUUCGAAUUUCUGAAGGACAGUGUGAAGCACACGUACGGAAUGAGGGUACUCUACGACGCCGGGUCGAACAACCUUACGGUACCAUUGACCAUUCCCGGGUGCAACGAGAGUCGGAAUGACUCCGGAUGUCCGUUCGAGGACUUGAUCCUGCUACUGGAGAAAAUUUUGCCAGGUGACGCCGAGGAGCAUGUCCUUUGUGGUCGAACCGUCAACCGCAUCUCGUACGAAGAGGAAGUCGAUUCCGUUCUUAUUACCCUAAACGGCGCCACGAAAGCAGCUGCUGGAGCAUUCGUGAUUCUCUGUGUCUCGAUAUUUUCCAGCGCUUUAUAACUCGUUCGAAAUGGGAUUGGUGCGAAUUAUUGCAAAGUGGGGUACGUGUGUGUCUGAUGCGUGUGUAAUCGUGCGUCGCGUCUUCGUUGCGCAAUACUGAAGACCAACGCUCGUAGUGCCUGUCUGAGUUUAGUAUUGAUAAGAAAUUACGACCAUAGGCCACGGCGCAAUAAUAUAGUUAAUCUUAUGUUCACUGUAAGAAGAAGAAAUCAACCGAUUGAAUUCAACUCCUCUUCCAAUUAUUCCACGCGGUAAUCACUUCUCCAUCCCCAUGUACAAAAUUUAGAUUUUUUCCGGAGGUGAUCGCUUGACGACGAUCUUAUUUCGAGGAGUGACCAAUAACCUGUCAAUUUAAUUUUGUGUAAUUUAAUGCCUCUCGCAUUCGCGUUAUUGGAAGAAAUAACGAAUUGUGUAUAUGA